AUGGAUAUCGAACUAGCCUCUCCGCCAGCCGUAAGUGCCUUGCGAGAAUCAUUCGGUGAUCGAAAGCCACCGGAUAUUACUCGCAAGAUUACUGCUUGUGUAGCAUGUCGCAAGCAAAAGGUCAAAUGUCAUAUGCGAGAGGGUCAGAUGCCAUGUUCGCGGUGUAAGAAGAGAGGUCUCCCUUGCAACGUGAACCGAAGCUUGCAGACAUUACUGGAAGAUGAUGUCACAUGGAAAGGCGCCGUAGUACAAAAGAUGCGACGGCUAGAAGAGGCUGUUGCAAAAAUUGCUGCCAAAGUUGACGUGCCCGAGUCACAAGCUGCUCCUGGAACGCAAGAUCAUUUGUGUCUACCAGUUGAAUCUACCAAUGAAGAAGUUAUAGCAGAGGAAAUCUGCCCCUCGAGCCAACCAUCUCAGCCAAAAGAGAACCAUGAGCCACCUCAGACAUGGGAAGUAAUAAUGGAUCCCCGGGGCGGCCCAGCUUCCAUCCCGGCCUCUUGUGUCUCAGACAAUGGGAAGGCAGGUCUCUCAAACAAUUUAUCAUCUGCACGUCGUCCAGAUUUGAUAUCCACGGGUCUUAUCUCCUUACGCCAAGCCGUUGCGUUAUUCGAAACAUAUCAUCUCAGACUUGAUCAUUUUCUCUAUCGCAUUCUUGGUGACCAUAUCAGUUUGGACUCGGUUCGGAUCGCAUCCCCACUAUUAACGGCCGCUGUUUGUACUGUGGCUGCUUUGCAUUCUCAAACCCUCGGCCAUCUUUUUGAAGCUUGCUACGCUGAAUAUAAAAAUCUUGUCGCAGCUCAAACUUUUUCAAGACACGUGAACGAAGAUGACAUUCGUGGGCUCUGUGUCGGUGCAUUUUGGUUGCAUGAAAUUUCCUGGGCUUUGAUCGGAAAUGUGGUAUCUACAAAGCCCUCAGAGGAGACCGCGAUGGGUAUCUUCAAGCUCGACUAUACUAUCUCGUCUAUGGAAGGGUUUAUAAUCGAGUCGGCCAGUCAGAUACUGGACACUGAACACGCCACAGAAGAUGACGCUAGAUUAAUCAGUCAGGUCAAGGAAUGGUCAAUCUUGGGUCGAGUGUUUGACACCUUCGGGGUUGAUGUUGAUACCUCUAUUGCACCUCAGACACUACCUCAACUGCGGCGAUUCUCAAUAUCUCUGGAUACGUGGUUUGCAGAUUGGAACGAAAGCUUCAAAGUGAAUCAGAAUGUCGGAAAUUAUCCACAAAAGGGUGUUGGUUUUCACUUCCAUUUUGCAAAGCUAUACCUUUGCUCGCACGCCUUUCGUGGUGUGCCGAUAUCAGAGAGUUCACCACGAUACAUGUCGCCUGAACUGGAGGAGAUCGCCAAUGCCGGAGUGUUGUCAGCUAUGUCAAUCCUUCAGAUGAUCGUCUGUGAUGCCGAGUUUCGUACGUUCAUGAAUGGGCUUCCUUUAUAUUUUGAUACUAUGAUCGCCUUUGCCGUUGUUUUUCUCCUCAAAGUCGCCACGAAGUAUGCAUUCAUGAUCAGAAUCGAUACGGGCAAGAUCAUUUCCCUGGUCACUGAGACUGUGGUGGCCCUUCGGGACAUCACCCAGUCUAUGCAUAGACACCAUCUCCUUGUGGUAAUCAGCAAAGGCUUGGAACGGCUGUUGAGUAUAUGCCAGAUGUCCACCUACACAGUUCACGAAAGAAUGUAUCGUCCUUCUCCUACCCAGGAACAGCCCCCAGUAUUUGAUACAAUUUGGAUGGAAAACAUGGCAAGCUUUGAUUUUCAAACUAAUUUUCCUGAUAUCGACAAUUGGUGGCUACAUUAUAAUACAUCGAUGGGACCCCCUCUUUGUCCAGAGGCGUCGAGAUAA